AUGGAUUACCUCACACGAAAAUGCCAACGGGGUGUACCCUGGCACCUUUUAUAUGCCGAUGAUGUGGCCUUAAUAGCAGAGACUGAGACUGACCUUGAGCGCGAUUUGAAUAGCUGGAUAGAAGCGCUAGAAGGACACGGCCUAAAAAUAAGUCGUAAAAAGACCGAACACAUGUCCUUUCUGUUCGACGAAACGGCUAAUAACCCAGAAAAUUUCAAAUUCUAUAUAGGAAAUGAUUGCCUGCCAACUGUUACAAAGUUUAAGUAUCUUGGCUCCGUACUCAGCAACGACGGAAAGAUUGACAGCGAUGUAGUCCAUAGAACUCAGACAGGCUGGAUGAAAUGGCGAGAACUCACAGGCGUCCUAUGCGAUAGAAAAAUACCUCUGAAGGUGAAGGGUCAUGUAUACAAGACAACAGUAAGACCAGCGAUGCUGUACGGAUCCGAGUGCUGGGCUACAAAUAAACCCCACCUGAACAAGCUCCACACCACUGAGAUGCGCAUGUUACGCUGGUCAGCGGGUGUCACCAUGAUGGACAAGAUAAGAAACGUGUAUAUCCGGGGUAGUUUCAAAGUAGUGCCAAUAACAGAAAAGCUGACGGAAAAACGUCUGAGGUGGUACGGUCAUGGACAGAGGCGUCCAGUAGAGUACAUGGUUAAGGUAGCGCUCGAUAUUCCAACGACGAAGCGAGGAAGUGGUAGACCACCUGCCACCUGGCUGAGGACGGUUCAGCAAGACCUGAAAGAUCUUAAUAUAGACGCCGACAUUGCACUCAAUCGUGCAGAGUGGAGGAAAAGAACAGGGAAGGCCGACCCCAAGUAA